AUGACUCCACUGAUUCUUGAUUCUUGCCCGCCAGCUCGCAAAUUUUCUGGAUCUUUACAUUUGCGACGACAAGUCUUACCACAGCUGCCAUUUAUCAGUCGCGCACCGCUGCUUGCUCCUAUCAGCGGCAUGGCGCACGUUCAUGAUGUUGGUGUUGGUGUCAAACACCAGCUUGUUGACAAGGUGCCCAAGCGCUUUCGCGGCAUCAAGUUUGGCAUCCAGUCCAACCAAGACAUUUCCAACCAGGCCGUGACCGAAAUCUCCAAUCGACUGCUCUACGAUAUCGAAAACAACCGCGCUCCGUACCAGAACGGCCCCCUCGACUACCAGCUCGGCACCUCGAGCAAGACAGGCAAAUGCGCCACCUGCAACGAAUCCCUGCAAAACUGCAACGGCCACUUUGGAUAUGUCAGGCUUCCCCUGCCCGUCUUCCAUGUAGGAUACCUGCGCUUCAUCAUCUCCAUCCUGCAAGAGAUUUGCAAAGACUGCGGCCGCGUCCUGCUCGAGGAACCCCAUCGACGGCAAUUCCUCGCCGAGCUCCGCCGGCCCUUCAUCGACAACCUGCGACGUACACAGAUUUGCAAAAGGAUCAACGAGCAAUGUAGAAAGACGAAGAAUUGCGCCUACUGCGGCUCUGUCAACGGACAGAUUCGCAAGUUUGGUGUCUUGAAGCUGGUGCACGACAAAUUUGCCUCCUUCAACAAGUCCACAGCCAUCAAAAAGGUCCCGCCCGAGAGCAAGGUUCUCUUUGAAGCGUCCUUUACCGAAGCAAAGCGCGAGAACCCAGAACUCGAAAAGCAUCUUCGCAAGGCCAUGGAGGAUCUCAACCCUCUGCGGGUUCUCAACCUCUUCAAGAUGAUUACUGCGACCGACUGCGAGUUGCUUGGCCUCAACGCCGCAGAGGGUCGGCCAGAAAUGUUCAUUUGGCAGUUUUUGCCUGCGCCGCCCGUCUGUAUCAGACCCUCUGUCGCGCAGGACAAUGCCAGUAACGAAGACGACAUUACGACAAAGUUGGCCGAUAUCGUCUGGGUCAGUGGUAUGAUUCGGUCGGCGCUGCAAAAGGGAUCUGCUAUCCAGACAAUCAUGGAACAAUGGGAGUAUCUACAAACUCAGAUUGCCAUGUACGUCAACAGCGAUGUUCCUGGUCUGCAGCAGCCUGGCUUCGGCAAAGCCAUGCGAGGAUUUUGCCAGCGUCUCAAGGGUAAGCAGGGCCGGUUCCGUGGUAACCUGUCUGGUAAGCGUGUCGACUUUUCCGGUCGAACCGUCAUUUCGCCCGACCCCAACCUUGGCAUCGACGAAGUCGCCAUUCCUCAGCUGGUUGCCAAGAAUCUGACGUACCCCGAAAGAGUCCAGCGUCAGAACAUGGCCAAGUUGCGGCAAUGCGUCACGAAUGGUUGCGAUGUCUGGCCGGGUGCACAGAGCGUCAUCAAGAUGGAUGAGGGGGGCUACAAGAUCAAUCUCAAAUUCGGUAAUAGAAACAUGGUGGCUCGCGAUUUGCGAAUUGGUGAUGUUGUUGAGCGUCACAUUGAAGACGGCGACAUCGUCCUCUUCAACCGCCAGCCCUCACUUCACAAGCUCAGUAUUAUGAGCCAUCUUGCCAAGAUACGCCCGUGGAGAACUUUUCGACUCAACGAAUGUGUUUGCAAUCCUUACAACGCUGAUUUCGACGGUGACGAAAUGAAUCUCCACGUUCCGCAGACUGAAGAAGCUCGUACCGAGGCCAUCACCCUCAUGGGCGUCAGACACAACCUGACGACUCCCAAGGACGGCGCUCCCAUCAUUGGAGCCACGCAAGAUUUCAUCACAGCCGCCUUUUUACUCAGCAGCAAGGACAGAUUUUUUGAUCGCAAGACUUUUACGUAUAUGUGCAUGCACAUGCUCGACAGCCAGACACGCCUCGACCUACCCCCUCCUACCAUUAUUGCUCCGGUUGCGCUGUGGACCGGAAAGCAGCUGUUCAAUGUCAUGAUGCGACCAAACAAGGAAUCAAACAUCAGAAUCAAUUUCGAGUCCAAGUGCAAGACGUUUUCUGGCAAGUCCAAGAAUAUACCCGACAUGGACCCCAACGACGGUUGGCUGGUCGUUCGCAAUUCCGAAGUCAUGUGCGGUGUCAUGGACAAGGCGACCGUAGGAACCGGCAAGAAGGAUUCCGUCUUUUACGUUAUGCUGCGUGAUUUUGGAGCCGACCAUGCCGCCACUGCCAUGAAUCGCCUGGCACGACUCUGCGCCAGAACACUUACGAACCGAGGCUUCUCUAUCGGCGUUGGUGAUGUGUGCCCUACUGGCAGUCUCACCGCAGAAACGGAGCGUCUCGUGUCGAUUGCCUACAAACAGAGCGACGAUCUUAUUGAAAGUUUCAAAGCAGGAAAGCUAGAAAAAGCUCCUGGUUGCAACCUAGAACAGACGCUGGAAAACUCCAUUUCCGGUAUCCUUUCCAGGGUCAGACAGCAGGCCGGUGACUACUGCGUUGAUACGCUGAGCCGCAACAAUGCUCCGCUCAUCAUGGCCAAGUCUGGCUCCAAGGGUUCAGAUAUCAACGUGGCUCAAAUGGUGGCCCUGGUCGGUCAGCAGAUUAUCGGCGGUCAGCGAGUUCCUGAUGGUUUCCAGGACCGUAGUUUGCCACACUUUUUCAAGAAUGCCCGACAACCUCCUUCAAAGGGUUUCGUCAAGAAUAGUUUCUACACUGGUCUCUAUCCUACAGAGUUUCUGUUUCACGCCAUCUCUGGCCGUGAAGGUCUGGUCGAUACUGCAGUCAAGACUGCCGAAACCGGCUACAUGUCGCGUCGAUUAAUGAAGUCGCUGGAGGAUCUCUCUACACAAUAUGACGAUACAGUUCGCACAUCUGGCGGGACAGUUGUUCAGUUCCAGUUUGGUGGUGAUCGGCUCGACCCUGUGGACAUGGAAGGGUCCGGUGCGCCAGUGCAAUUCGUUCGGACAUGGCGCCACGCUGAAAACACCACCUGGGACAACGAGGAGGUUGCGCUGACUCCCAAUGAGGCGCGCGAGCUUUGUGGCAACAUGCUUGCCAGCGAGCGGAAUCGAUUCCCGCGCAAGGGCCUCUUGCACGGCGAGGACCUUGCCUACACCGACGUCAGCGACUAUGCUGUUGAUGAGCACGAAGGAGCCAGAAAGUUCAUCACAGAGGUGAAAGACUUUGUCGGGGCCUUGGCCGACAAGUUGGAGAGAGUCCGCGCUCUUGCAGGCCUUGCUGGCAAGGACAAGACAGGAUCCGCGGCACAGGACCAUGCGGACCGCACAGCCAAGAUUACAGCAACAACACUACGGCUUUUUAUUAAGCUGUGUCUGCACAAGUACAAGAAGGCCCAGGUGGAACCCGGGCACGCGGUUGGUGCGGUUGGUGCGCAGUCCAUUGGUGAACCAGGUACUCAGAUGACCCUGAAGACGUUCCAUUUUGCUGGUGUUGCUGGCAUGAGUAUCACACAGGGUGUGCCUCGUAUCAAGGAAAUUAUCAACGCCUCCAAGGCCAUCAGCACCCCAGUUAUUACGUGUCCUUUGAUGAACAACCAGCAGAUUGAGGCUGCCAAGGUUGUCAAGGCGCGAAUUGAAAAGAUUUUCUUGCAGGAUGUGCUGCAAUACGUUGAGGACGAGUGGCGGCCUGAUGAAGGCAACGUGGUAGUGCAAGUGGACAGACAGGUGCUGGCAGACAUGCAUCUCGGCAUUGACAUCCAGGAUAUUGCGCAAGCCAUCUGCAAGGACCGCAAGAUGAAGAUUCAGGCGACCGACGUGGCUAUUAUCGGCGACCGCAUCUCCAUUCGCGUGCACGAUAACAUUGGUGCGAAGCGGACGACUCGCAGCAAAACCGGCGAGGACACGAGUGACAUGCUGCUGCGGGCCAAUGCGCUCCGGCGCAUGCUGCCGGCGCUUCCCAUCUCGGGCUACCCGAACGCGUCGCGCGCGCUGAUUGAGACGUGUGAAGACAGCACGCACCGGGUUCUGGUGGAAGGGUACGGGUACCAGGCGUGCAUGACGACCGAGGGCGUCAUCGGGACCAAGGUGCGGACCAACAGCGUGACGGAGUGCAACGAGGUGCUGGGCAUCGAGGCGGCGCGGACGACCAUUGCGUUUGAGAUCGAGCAGGUUAUGAAGUUUAUGGAGAUUGACCACCGGCACAUGCAGCUGCUGGCCGACGCCAUGACGUUCAAGGGCGAGAUCCUGGGUAUCACGCGCUUCGGGCUGUCCAAGAUGCGCGACAGUGUGCUGCACCUGGCAUCGUUUGAGAAGACACCCGACCACCUGUUUGAGGCAGCGGCGGGCAUGAAGACGGACAAGAUUGAGGGCGUCAGCGAGGGCAUCAUCAUGGGCCAGGGCAUGGCUGUUGGUACGGGCGCGUUCCAGGUCGUCCGCCGCCUAGGCAUCGCCGCGGCGGACGUAGGCCAGCGGGAGACGCUGUUUGAGGAUGCGUGGACGGCCGAGACCAAGAGGCGGCGGAAGCCGGCGUGA